AUUCUUUCAGUGGUUCAUCUCAGAGUUUUGUUUUCCCGCGCAACUCACAAUAAAUUUCAUGUGAGAAGCCUGAUAUAUUUUUUAAAAUAUUUUAUGACUAUUUAUUUUUUGAAAUUUUUCAAUUUGCAAAAAAUUAUUACUGUUUUUUUAUAAAACAAAAAAGUAAGCAAUGAGUUCAUUUAAUUUGAGUAAAAUUGGAGAAUUGUUGGAAGAUACUAGUCAAAAGAGUGUUAGCACAGGUGUGUCUUUUGCUGGAAAGUCUCUUAAACUUAACUCUGAAAAUGAUGGAAAAGAAGUCGUUGAUGCCAUUAAAAACUGUAUAAAAUUGGAGUAUUUAGAUCUAGAGGGUAAUACUUUGGGUCCUGAAGCUGCUAAAACAAUUGCGAAAUGUUUGGAAGAACAUGGUUCAAAUUUAAAGCGCGCUCUUUGGAAGGACAUGUUUACAGGUCGAAUGAAAGAUGAAAUUCCAUUAGCUCUAGAAUACCUCGGGAAUGGACUUUGUACUGCAGGCACAAAACUCGUUGAACUUGACCUUAGUGACAAUGCAUUUGGUCCUAUCGGUGUAAAAGGAUUAGCAACUUUAUUAAGUUCUAGCUCCUGUUACAGUUUACAAGAACUAAGACUUAAUAAUAAUGGUCUCGGCAUUUCUGGUGCAAAAAUGUUGGCUCAAGCUUUACAUGAUUGUUACUCGAAAAGUGUAAAAGCAGGUAGUCCAUUGGCGUUAAAAGUUUUCAUUGCUGGAAGAAAUCGUUUAGAGAAUGAGGGUGCAACCGCUUUGGCGUCAGUUUUCAAACAACUUAAAAGUUUAGAGGAAAUCGUUAUUCCACAAAAUGGAAUAUACCAUGCAGGUAUAUCAGCAUUAGCUGAAGGGCUUUCAGCGAAUUUAGGUUUGCGAAUAUUGAAUUUAAAUGACAAUACAGUUGGACCAAAAGGAGCUCAAGCUCUUGCUCGAAUUUUACCCAAUUUGAAAUGUCUUGAAAAUAUUAAUCUUGGAGAUUGUUUAUUAAAAACAAAAGGAGCUAUAGUUUUGACACAAGCUCUUGGUGAUGAUGGCAGUUAUCCAGCACUCACUGAAUUAAAUUUAAGUUAUAAUGAAAUUCGAAGCAAUGGUAUUGAUCCUAUCGUUCAAGCUGUGGCUCAUAAAGCACAAUUAACGAGUUUAUUACUCGAUGGUAAUUUCUUUGGAAGUGAAGGUCGUGAGAGUUUGAAAGAAGGUCUUUCUGCAUGGGGAAGACUCGAAUCUCUUGGUACUUUAGAAGAAGAUGCAACUGAUGAUGAAACUGAAAAUACAGAUGAAGAAAGCGAUGAAGAUGAUGAUGAUGAUGAUGAUGAUGUUGGUGAUGAAAACAUCAAGAUACAGAAAGAUGUUAAGGCUGGAAUUAUUCAAAGUCCUGCUAAUAAAGAUGCAAAAAAGCCAAUUACCAUUCCUGAAUUUUUAAAUUCUCCAAGUGGAGAAAAUCUUUUGAUUUUAAAACAGCACGGAAAUAAAGCACAAGAUUUUAUUGAUCAUGCAAAAUGUACAGUAGAUAAACAAAAUCAAGAUACCUCAUUUUCUGAAGAACUACUUCGCAUUAUUAUGAAAGUAUCUUCUCUUUGUGGAAGUGGAUUUAUGGAUGUUCGAAUUUAUGCCGAAAGUUUAUCUGACGAAUUAUAUUUAGCAUUAUUUUCUCAUGCGAUUAAAACUAAUCAAAUUCAUGUUUUGAAUAAUAAUCUUCUGGUCAAUUUAGGCUUAUUAAAAGGUGAAAAUAAAGAUUCUGAAAAAAUCAACGUGAAUUUGGAGGGAUGUUUUAAAGCUUUGGAGAUAAUUAGUCAAAGAAAUUAUUUUCUUUCGCAAACUAAGGAAACGCUGAAACUUUUUAUUGAUAAACCAAUGAAAAAAGGUAGAUCACAAGUAAUUGAUCCACUUCAAGAUGUAAAAAUGUCUUUGAAAACAGCUCUUGAACGGAUAUCAAUUGUUUAAUUAUUACAAGAAUAUUUACUGUAUAUGCGUCUGUUUGUUUGUUUAUUUAUUUAUAACAAAUUUUCUUCAAAUCACAUACAUUACAUCAAAAAUAUACAACUCAUUGUAUGUUUCAUUGCUUACAUUGAAAAAAGAAAAUGAAAAUAAUACUUUUUUAUGGGACAUAUCUAAUUAUUUACCUAUAAUAUAGAAUAACUUUAUUUUUA